CUGCAAUUCAACUCCGUGAUCUAUAUUUUUGUGGGCAGCAUGAGCGAUACUGCUGUGAUGAUGAAAGCGCCGUGCAAAACGCCGUGCCAUAUAGGAGCAGGUGUAUAAAAACCAAACCAAUCCCAUCAUGCACAUCGACUUGAAAAUACUACAGUCUUCCAUCGCAGGCUUCCAUCCAUCUCGUGUCCACUCAUUCGCCCAUAGAUCCCUCAAAAUGAAGACCCUCUCCGGCAUCGCCCUGCUUUUCCUGAGCGCCGCCCCACUGGCAACCGCCCACGCCAUCUUCAGCGACAUCUGGGUGGACGGUGUGGACCAGAACCGCGCGUGCCUGCGCCCUGUGCCCAGCAACUCGCCCGUCGAGUCCGUGACCUCCACCGACCUCCGAUGCAACGUCGGCGGGACGCGGGGCGUAUCGGGCAUCUGCGAGGCCAAGGCCGGCGGGUCCAUCACGGUCGAGAUGCACCAGCAGCCAAACGACCGCAGCUGCACCAAUGAGGCCAUCGGCGGGAACCACUUUGGGCCUGUCAUGGUGUACAUGAGCAAGGUCGACGACGCUACCAGCGCGGACGGCUCGUCCCCUUGGUUCAAGGUCGACGAGUUUGGCUACGACGCCGGGACCAAGACCUGGGGCACCGAUCUGCUCAACAAGGAGUGCGGCAAGAGGACCUUCAAGGUCCCGAGCAACAUCCCCGCCGGUAACUAUCUCGUGAGGGCCGAGGCCAUUGCGCUUCACGCCGCGUCCCAGACGGGCGGGGCGCAGUUUUACAUGAGCUGCUUCCAAGUCAACAUCGCGGGAAGCGGCGGCGGUCAACUGCCCGCCGGAGUGUCGAUCCCCGGUGCAUACAAUGCAAACGACCCAGGUAUCAAGAUCAACAUUUGGGACAGCGGGUUCAGCGAGUACAAGAUUCCAGGACCGGCUGUAAUUGAUGGAAGCUUCAUGUGAAAGAGACUUACCUUUUCGGACAAGUUGGAUUUGUAAAUGUUCACAUGUUAAAAGCCCCAACAGCAGCAAACAACAGCACGGAACUGUUGGGAUGCCGUUGUCAAUGCAUCAAUGUGGUGUGAUUCCGCUCCUUGCUGUUGCGGUGGUACCACUAAAGUACUUCGUAUGAAAAGUCGCGCAGGGACAGGCAACGGCCAUUUUUCGGCGACUGGAUUUGACUUUUUGUAUGCAAACUUGGCAUGCAAAACAGGGUCCCCGGGUCCAUCACGGCUUUGAUCAGGAACCCGUGUGUUUUUGAAAUUCUCGGGAGAGCCCGGCCUGGAUUAUAUCUUCGGCCGGUGAAUUUCCCGUUCUGGGCAGAUGCGUCGUUUGAUAUGGAAUGUGUAAAAAGC